AGACGUCCUUCCAUGCAGAUUGCAAAACAACAUUCAACAACACAUACAAUCAGUUAAGCAAACAAUCACUUGUCAUCAAUGGCAGCUUCGUUUCACCCCAAACUCUCAUUUCCCUUAUUCAUCUCCACAUUCUUGUUCUUUUCAUUAGCCCAAGCCGGCAAAAUAUCAAUCUACUGGGGACAGAACGGCAACGAAGGCACGCUGGCAGAAACUUGCGCCACUGGGAACUACGACUUUGUGAACUUAGCAUUCCUUGCAACAUUUGGCAACGGGCAGACUCCGAUGAUCAAUCUUGCUGGCCACUGCGACCCCACCGUCAAUGGCUGCACGGGUCUCAGCUCCGACAUCAACUCCUGCCAGGCCAAAGGCGUCAAAGUGAUGCUCUCGAUAGGGGGAGCUGCCGGGAGCUACUAUCUUGCGUCCACUCAGGACGCCAGGCAAGUCGCGACGUAUUUGUGGGACAAUUUCUUGGGUGGGAAAUCGUCGUCACGUCCACUAGGCAAUGCAGUUCUUGAUGGGAUCGACUUUGAUAUCGAGGGUGGAACCGAUCAGCAUUGGGAUGAUUUGGCUAGAUUUCUUUCUGCUUACAGCAAGAGGGGGAAGAAAGUGUACUUGAGUGCAGCUCCUCAGUGCCCUUUCCCUGAUGCCUGGAUUGGAGGUGCGCUUGAGACGGGCCUUUUCGACUACGUUUGGGUUCAAUUUUACAACAAUCCUCCGUGCCAGUACUCGUCUGGAAUGACGAAUCUUGAACAGGCCUGGAAGCAGUGGGGUUCUAUCAAGGCCAGGGAGAUUUUCCUGGGGCUGCCGGCUGCUCAGGCUGCUGCUGGAAGUGGCUUUAUUCCUGCGCAUGUUCUCACUUCAGAAGUGCUCCCGGCGAUCAAGGGUUCCAGCAAGUAUGGAGGUGUGAUGCUGUGGGAUAAGUACUAUGAUGAUCAGAGUGGAUACAGUGCUGCAAUCAAGAACAAUGUGUAAAAAUCUUCAGUUCCUUGUGUGUAUAUAUGCUGAUGGGAUGAAUGUGUGUUUGUGUUUGUGUUUGUGUGUGUGUGUGAUUCUGUUUUUUUUUUUGUUGGAUAGACGUGUGUGAAUCUCUUAUUCCUGCCUUGUAAUCAAUAUCCAUGUUAUUUUGAGAAAAUUUUGUUAUAUAAUACAUUUAUCGUGUAAUUGGUGU